AGCCGUCCUCGCUCAGUGUUGUUUUUCUCCAGUUGUCUCCGUCUCGUGCCAGAACGAUGAACCUGCUCCGCACCGUGGCUUCUCGGGCUCUCCCCCGCCUCAGUGGACCGUCGGUCCGCCACUUCUCAGCGGCCGCAGUUCCAGUACCGAACACUCAGCCGGAGGUCCACUACAACAAGCUCUUCAUUAACAACGAGUGGCAGGAUGCAACAAGUGGAAAAACCUUCCCCACCAUCAACCCGUCCACUGGUGAGGUCAUCUGUCAAGUAGCGGAGGCUAACCAGGCAGAUGUGAACAAGGCGGUGAAAGCAGCACGUGAUGCUUUCAGGUUUGGGUCUCCAUGGAGACGUAUGGAUGCCUCUCAUCGCGGCCUGCUGCUCAGCCGACUGGCUGAUGCCAUAGAGCGGGAUGCUGCGUACCUGGCUGAGCUGGAGACUCUGGACAACGGGAAGCCGUUUGCAGUGGCCUACACUGUGGAUCUUCCUUUUGUGGUGAAAGUUCUGAGGUACUACGCAGGUUGGGCUGAUAAGUGUGAGGGGAAGACCAUCCCCAUCGAUGGAGAUUAUUUCUGCUACACCAGACAUGAACCUGUCGGAGUCUGUGGACAGAUAAUACCGUGGAACUUUCCCCUGCUGAUGCAGGCCUGGAAACUGGGUCCAGCUCUGGCGACUGGGAACACGGUGGUGAUGAAGGUAGCAGAGCAGACCCCCCUCACAGCUCUCUACGUAGCCAGUCUCAUUAAAGAGGUGGGUUUUCCUGACGGUGUUGUGAACAUCUUGCCUGGAAUGGGAUCAACAGCUGGCGCUGCCAUCGCUGGACACAUGGACGUUGACAAAGUGGCCUUCACUGGAUCCACAGAGGUGGGUCAUCUGAUCCAGCAGGCCUCAGGCAGCAGCAACCUAAAGAAGGUGACCUUGGAGCUGGGAGGAAAGAGUCCAAACAUCGUCCUGUCCGAUGCCAACAUGGAAGAAGCCGUGGAGCAGUCCCACCUGGCUCUGUUCUUCAAUCAGGGCCAGUGCUGCUGCGCCGGAUCCAGAACCUACGUCCAAGCCGACAUCUAUGAUGAGUUUGUGGAGCGCAGCGUGGAGCGAGCCAGACAACGAGUGGUGGGAAACCCGUUCGACCUGAAGACUGAGCAGGGACCUCAGGUGGAUCAGGAACAGUUCAACAAGAUCCUGGGAUACAUCAGCAGUGGGAAGAGGGAAGGCGCCAAGCUGAUGUGUGGAGGGGGAGUGGCCGCAGACAGAGGCUACUUCAUCCAGCCCACAGUGUUCGGAGACGUCCAGGAUGACAUGACCAUUGCCAGAGAGGAAAUCUUUGGUCCAGUGAUGCAGAUCUUCAAGUUUAAGACGUUGGAGGAGGCGAUAACCAGAGCCAACGAUACCAAGUAUGGACUGGCAGCUGCUGUUUUCACUAAGGACAUUGAUAAAGCUCACUACGUGUCCAACGGGCUCCGAGCUGGAACCGUCUGGAUUAACUGCUACAACGUGUUCGGUGUUCAGGCUCCGUUUGGGGGAUACAAGGCUUCCGGAUUCGGCAGGGAGCUGGGAGAGUACGGUCUGGAGAGCUAUACGGAGGUUAAAACGGUGACCAUCAAGGUGCCACAGAAGAAUUCUUAGAGGUCUUCCUCACCAACCAGGAAGUUUCUGACAGGACACGUCCAACAAAUGCAACAUGAAAAUGAAAAUUCAAUCACUUUAAAUCAUCUUCACGCUUGCUCUCAUUGGCUCCUCUGCUCUGAUGCUGAUCAGGCAUCUCUAUGUGUGUGUGCAGGUUUCUUUCUUGUAAUUUUCCUGAAUAAAGAAAUUUGAGAAGCUCA